AUGGUCGUGCAUUCUUUUUAUAUUUUCAACAAAAGCUGCCAGUGUAUACAUAGCCAAAGAUGGCAGCACUAUCAGCAGCCAGCGAAGGAUUUAUCUGAGGAGGAAGAGCAGAAGUUGAUAUUUGGUGUUGUAUUCUCUUUGAGAGGUCUAGUGAGAAAGAUAGCAGGAAACGAUGACGAGCACUUCCAAACGUUCAAAACGAGUCAAUAUAAGCUGCAUAUACACGAAACAGCUAGUAAUCUAAAGUUCAUCUUAAUAACUGACAGAGAUAGUCCAAAUCUGACGAAAUACCUCGAGUUAAUCUACGCUGGACCAUACAACAGUGCGGUUGUUAGGAAUCCACUGGUUAAUAUGACGGAUGAACGUGUCACUAAUGAGAAUUUAAGGAAAGGUGUAGAAUAUAUCGUUAAAAGUAUAAAAUAGUUUACAUUAUCUUCUUUACAACUUGAUCUUACGUUCCAUCUGGUGGUGGAUGUCUAGAGUAGGAGCAGAAGGUUUCUCCAUUACUAUAACGCGUUAGAAUUGUCUAUUUUGACAGAAUGAACAUACCUCUGUGUACGUCAGCAAACGUGAUCUGAU